AUGCAGUGCUUUCAGAGCUACGGCUAUUCGACUAGGGACAUAAUUUAUCACUGGCACGACGCCAACGCCGUAACUAUCGACGAGAACGUACACCUGGCACAUUUUUCCAUUGGCAACUACUCUCGUCUUUCGGCCUACUUCACAUUCAAACGGAAUCUCGGCUUCUAUCUGAUUCAGAUCUAUUUCCCAUCGUCACUAAUAGUCGUUAUCUCAUGGGUGUCGUUUUGGCUAAACAGAGAAGCCGUUCAAGCUCGAGUUGCUAUCGGUGUAACUACUGUGCUUACGAUGACUACCUUGAUGACGAGCACGAAUGCCAGUUUGCCGAAGGUGAGCUACGUGAAAAGCCUUGACAUCUUCUUAGGAAUGUGUUUCUUCAUAGUGUUCGCUUCACUACUGGAGUACGCAGCAAUCGGGUAUUUGAUGAAAAGGAAUCGUUCUUUGCUGAAUGCUUCACCUGUCCAGUACUAUGAGACCGGUGACGGGGUGCUAAGACGGGAUAGCACUAGGAAGAAGUCGAAGGGGAGUCGAAGAAAUAAUGUUAAGAUCGAAGUCGAAGCUCAAAUGGAUCAGCGUAUUCCGUUGUUGACAAUGGUGCCGAUGCCACCGAUUCCAUUCAAGCCAAAGCCACCAGCCUGGACACGGGUCCGGCCCUCUCAGGUAGAUCUCGUCUCACGUGUCGCCUUCCCGUCAUUUUUUCUGCUGUUUCACAUCGUCUACUGGGGUUUUUAUCUGAAUGUUUCGUGGACAUAA